AUGGCGGCGGCGGCAGCAGCGGCGGUGCGGCUGGCAAUGUGGGACUUGGGGCAGUGUGACCGAAGGCGCUGCACAGGGCGGCGGCUGGUGCGGAAGGGCCUGGUGCGGACGCUGCGCCUCGGACAGCGCUUUGGGGGGCUCAUCCUCAGCCCCACCGCCAGCCACCUCGUCUCCCCCGCGGACAGGCAGAUUGUGGCUCAGAAUGGAGUUGCAGUGGUUGACUGCUCUUGGGCAAAGCUGGACGAGACGCCAUUUAGCAAAAUCAAAGGAAGCCAUCUCCGGUUGCUGCCCUACUUGGUGGCUGCAAAUCCAGUGAAUUAUGGCCGGCCGUACAAGCUGUCCUGUGCGGAAGCUUUGGCUGCUGCGCUCUGCAUUGCAGGAUUCUCUGAUCUUGCCACAACUCUCUUGCAAAAAUUCAAAUGGGGAACAGUGUUCCUUGAUCUCAACAGAGACCUUCUGGAGAAAUAUGCUGCUUGUAACUGUGAAGAUGAAGUAUUGAGAGUUGAACAAGAAUUCCUGGCCCAUCCCCGUGAAAAUGAAAAGGAAGAAAUGGAUCCUUUUGAUGUCGACUCUGGAAAGGAGUUUUCUAAUCCCAAUAGACCUGCCAGAAUCACAGGAAUCACCAGGAGUGAUGAAAAUUCUGAUGAGGAGACAUCUGAAGAGGACAGCAGCAGCAGCAGCAGCUCCGAGGAACUGGUUGAGGCAUGUGCUGCACACAGCAAGCCAGCUGUGUGAAAAGGAGACCUUUCCCCAUAAACAUGCUCAGGACUGGGCCAUAACACUUAUCUUUUGAUUACUGUGGCAUGCUUGGCUGUGAGCAACAUAGCAGUGCUGGAGAACCUUCUCGAGCAGGCACCAUCAAAAGGGCUCUUGCAGUACAGUUGCCAUAAAAGAUUCUGCAGUGGAAUCAGGGUUUCCCUCCCACGUACAUAGGCCGGUUGAAUGUACUUUCUCUCUUACUCAAGGCAAAUACUGUAUGAUGAAGACAAUGAAUGAAAUUAAAGAAAAACAGUAUUUCACA